UUAAAAUUUAAAUAAGACAGAUUUUUAUACACUUGUUAUAUUAAAAGAUAUAUCGCAUUGGAAGGUAAUACCUAAUGUUACAAUGGAAAAUUUAUUAAGAUUGGAUACAUUUCCGUAUGUUAUGUCAAAGUAAAUUGGAAAUUGCACAUUAGUUUAAAAAUAUAAGUGAGGAAUAUGAAGUAGUCGUCAACCUUAGAUCGGGACAUUAGCAGGGAAGGGUAACUGUACAGAUGACACAUUAUGGGGACUAAGAAUAGAUCUGAUGUGGCAACGAAAGGUCGUAUUAUGAAACAUAUAACGCCAUCUGAAGAUGAGGACAAGCUUCGACUGAACAAUUAUGACAUGGUUCCAAAACUUCCAUCUGUGAAAAUAACACAAAAGCCUCAGCAAGGUCCCCAUCUAUCGGAUUUCUUAGACAAGCAAACCAGUACUAUUGAAAAUAAAAAUGGCGGCAUAAAACUAAAACCUGUGGGAAAGGAAAAAGCAUUUGCAAUUCUUAAACAAUAUAAUACUAUAGUGUCUAAUGAGGUAAACCUCACAGUGAAAAAUUUACCAUCGGUAAAAUUGCCAUUUAAGAAACAACCUCAUCAGCCACCAUUAUUACCAAAGCCAGAUGUGACGCCACGAAAAGUACCAAUUUUUACAGAGGGAAUUAGUUCAUUGAGUAAGACUUCAAAACCCUCAUUUCUUGUUCCAAAAGAUAAAGUUCUACGAGCAAAUUUACCAAAUAAUAUAGUUGUCGCUCAUAAGAAAGAUAACUAUUCCUUCGGAGUAAAGUUACCUAAAAGGAAAUCUCCGAUACAUGUUGAAGAGAGUUCGAAGUUCAAACAAAUGCAUAAUUUAGGAUUAGAUAGUCUUCCAAUUGUAAAUUUGGAAAAGUUUAUGAAAACAAAAAAGGAUGCUGUUGAUGGUGCCAGGGGUUUAAAACCAAUACCAAAUGGUAAUAAAAGGAAUAAACCAAGAAGAUUAGAUCCAAUUUCAUCAGAUGUAAAUCUUAAACCAUCUAUAGAGUCGUCGCGAUCCUAUGAUUGGACUUUAGAUAGAAAGAAAGCGAAUCGGUGGAAAGAUCAAAAUUCAGCAAAAUCGGAAGGAAAAGCUAAUGUUGUAUGGAUUGGGAAAAGUUUAAAUUUCGGUUCCUCAUCGAACAGAAAUCGAAUACUAAAACAAAUGUAUCCACAAGAAGACGGAAACUUCAAAACAAAGCAAGGGGACGAAUUAAAUCGCCUGAAAUUUCAAAAUCGUGAUCCUUCAAUGUAUGGAGUGUGUUCAUUAGCACCAAUUGAUGUCAUCGGACAGUCUACAAGACUGUUCACAGAUGUCCCUUUUAGGGAAAAGUAUAAAAGUUUUCCAAAGCAUCACACAAAAAGCAAUGUACGUGAAUAUUACUUCGAAACAGAUUCAGAAAGUUCGUUAAACGAGGAUUGGAAAAAUAUGAUCAACAAUGCCAUAACAAACAGAAGUUCGUCUGCCGAGAGUGGCACGGUCACUCCGCGUGCAGUUCCGAAUCCUCCACCUUCAUAUGUAUCAAGUACACACGAUGAAGAAGAAGCAUUGAUACCGUUAGAAAUUUCUAAAACAAUGCAUCGAAUUCAAGAAGAAAGGUCAAGUUUAAUGAUGGAUUCCGCAUCGAAUCGUGUUCAGCAAACAUUUAGUGCAGGUUCACGUCAACUGCAAACCGGAAUGUCACCGGCUCCAGUAAUAACAAUAAAUAAUGCAUCGUUGGAGGAAGAAGAACCGCCAAAACAAAUUGCAUCUACUACACCAAGGAAAAGCAAGGAACCAAUGAUCAGUAGUGUAGUGGAUCUUAAGUUUGACCACAAGCAUUUAAAUGUGCCAAAAUUCAUUGAUUCUGAACGCAGACCACCUGUUAAAUUAGACGUGGAAUCAAAUUCCCAAUCGCAAUCGCAUAGUUCUUCGGAUCCCGUAAAAUCUAAAACGGUAUCGACAGUUUCAGACAAUCACAAAUUGAACAUAACUACAUUGCAACUUAUAACAACAAAUGAGAGGAAUUCGCCUGUACCACCAUUUAAUUCAUUUCUGUCUGAUGCAGAAACAGCAGGAUUUACGCCACGAAACACAUACACAAAUGUCAAACUAGACAGUGGCAAUGACGAAACAUUCAAGCAUUUAACGGUUAACAAUAAAACGUUACAAUUUAUUUCACCAUUGCAAGUUCAGUCAAAUGCUAAGCGACAAUAGUCAUGUUAAUUUUGUUAUUGUUGAUGUUUAAUUUCUGUUGUAAAAUUAUCUGAUGUAAUUAUACGAAAAGUAUGUCCUACACAA